CAUGAUUGGAAAUCAAUACUAGAGGCGGUUCUUCGGCAACGAGCACACGCUCCGAGUCAAAACAAAAAAGAGAGAAAAGCGAGCCAAGGCACAGACGCUGAACGUUGAAGAAACACACAAGCACACGCACCUCUCUCUCUCUCUCUCUCUCUCUCCCCGACUGGAAGACAGAACAAAUAUCUGCUUUCUAUCUAAAAUUUUCGCUCAUUUUUAACCAUUCGAACAAUGCGAAUGGUCUGAUCCUCCCUCCCCCCCCCCCUCUCUCUCUUUCUCAGACAGUUAUUCCCCUAUAUCUAUCUGUAUAGUGAGAACACAAAGAAAAGAAGAAAGAAUGGAAUCACCAGAGUCGUCUUACGUUUCUUCUCCUGAUGUCGCGCCCAAGCGAUCCGUACCACCUAAAUCUCCGACUUCAGAUGACAAAGAGAAACAUACAUAUAUUAAAUUCCUUGUAUCCAAUGCGGCUGCUGGUUCUGUCAUCGGGAAGGGUGGCUCAACAAUUACUGAUUUUCAGUCACAGUCCGGGGCAAGGAUUCAAUUGUCACGCAAUCAUGAAUUUUUUCCAGGAACAUCCGACAGAAUAAUCAUGAUAUCUGGAGCAUUCAAUGACAUAAUCAAGGCAAUGGAACUGAUUUUAGCCAAAUUGCUGAGUGAGGCUCAUGCUGAAGAUGGCGAUGAUGCUGACCCUAAAUCAAAAGUGAGGCUUAUUGUUCCAAAUAGCUCUUGUGGUGGCAUUAUUGGAAAGGGUGGAGCUACCAUAAAGUCAUUUAUUGAAGAUUCCCAGGCAGGAAUAAAGAUAUCACCCCAGGAUCACAAUUUUAUUGGAUUGAAUGAUAGGCUAGUGACACUGACAGGGUCUCCAGAGGAACAGAUGCGGGCGAUAUAUCUGAUUUUGUCCAAGCUAACAGAAGAUGCUCAUUACUCACAAUCUAUGAACACUCCAUUUUCAUAUGCAGGUGUUAACUUCUCCGGUUUUCAUGGUAUUCCAUAUACAUACAUGCUUCCUUCUCUUGGAACAGUAGCAUACAAUGCAAUACACUUUGGACCAAAUGGCACGGGAGGAAAAUUUCAGAAUAACAAGGAAGAUCGAGGCAACUCUGUGACAAUUGGUGUUGCUGAUGAACAUAUUGGAGUAGUUGUUGGUCGUGGUGGAAGGAAUAUAAUGGAAAUUAGCCAGGUCAGUGGUGCCAGAAUAAAGAUAUCAGACCGAGGUGAUUUUAUGUCUGGGACAUCUGACAGGAAAGUUACAAUCACAGGGUCACAAGGAGCAAUACGUGCAGCUGAAGCAAUGAUAAUGCAGAAGGUUGCUUCUGCUGCUGAGAGGUGAUUGAUGCUUUCUUUGCGGCUCAGUAGUUUUAAGUUUUUUCCUUUGCUUUUGUUGAGAAUUUAUUUCGUGGACACUAGGCCAAGUUAGUUAUGAUUUUUUAUAGUGAUGAGUUUGGGAACUGUGUCCGCAUAUCUUACUUUCCUGACAUGUCAGUGAACUAUGAAAUCUGUGGUGAGGGAAGAAAAAAGGAGGAAAAAGGAACGAGUUUCAAUUGGGCCUGGUUUGGAUCUUCUGUUAACUUCUUUGUGGGCAUUUCUCUAUCAUAGGGAACAAACUCCUUUAGAUGCUAUAGAAGUUAAAAAGUCUAACAAGAUUCUAAAAAACAGUGGGCUGAGGCUGCUGUAACUGGUUUUGUAGACCAAUGUAACCGUAAUUAGAACAUAUCUCUCUGUAUACAAUUUUAAACUUUUUUAAGUGAUAUAUCAGUUUUGUACUCUAUCACA